AUGUCAGCUUUCCGACAAACACCAGUCCGCCUCAUUACCUGGGGCGCCGCCAGUGUCGUCCGCAGCUCGACGCGGCAGCUCCACGGUGCGGCAGCCAUGCGCAUGCCGUACAAGGAUGACCAGGACCGCGAGUCCCUGAAGCCGCGUGCACAGGAGUACUCCAAGAGCGAGGGCGGCGACAACGAGACAGCCAAGACGGAUGCCGCAUUCAACCCCGACAAGACCAGUCCCGAAACCGAAAAGAAGGCCGGAGGAGACAAUCUUGAUGCCAGCCCAGCAAACAAGGACAUCUCGGCAACCAAGCCGCAGGAGAACAAGACGUCUGGCCAGCAGAAACAAAAAGCUAGCGGAGGAGGAGGUCGCAAGUGA